UCCCUCUGCCAUCAUGGUCUACAAGCUCUCUGCAUCGUUAGAGGCACACUCGUCCGAUGUGCGCGCGCUCAAGGCGCCGUUGAACGACCUCAUCCUCUCCGCAUCGCGCGACACGACCGCGAUCGCCUGGACGCGCGACGCCUCUGGCCCCGCGUUCAACCCCGACAGCGUCUUCCACCCCGGAUCCGCGUAUGUGAACUCCCUGGCGUACAUCCCGCCUACAAACGACGCGCCGAAAGGCUACCUCGUCACGGGCGGCCAGGAUAAGCUGAUCAACGUCUUCCGGCUCGGCGCGGGCGCGGAGGAGCCAGAAUUCAGGCUGGUGGGGCACAGCGGGAACGUCUGUGCGCUGGAUGUGUCCGCGGGAGGGGCUAUAGUGUCGGGAUCUUGGGAUGCUACAGCAAGGGUAUGGCGGAACUUCCAGCUUGCGUACGAGUUGAAAGGGCACGAGAGCUCUGUGCUGGCUGUACUCGCGGUGGAUGAGGACAAGGUCCUGACAGGCUCCGCAGACAAGACAAUCAAGCUCUGGCAGAAUGGCAAGGUCAUCCAGACCUUCACUGGUCAUACCGACGCUGUUCGCGGCCUCGCACUGGUUCCGGACAUCGGCUUCGCCUCUUGCUCGAACGACACUGAAAUACGCGUAUGGACCUUUGGCGGCGAUCUACUCUACACGCUGUCUGGACAUACCGCCUUCGUCUACAGCCUCUCGAUACUUCCAAAUGGCGGGAUCGUCUCCGGAGGCGAGGAUCGUUCCGCACGCGUCUGGAAGGACGGCGAGUGCUCGCAGGUCCUCACUCACCCCGCAAUCUCUGUAUGGGUAGUCACAACGAUGCCCAACGGCGAUAUCGUGACUGGCGCGAGCGAUGGUAUUAUCCGCAUUUUCAGCGAAUCGCAGGAUAGGUGGGCAUCUGCGGCCGACCUUCAGGCGUACGAAGAGACCAUCGCGCGGCAGGCUUUGCCUUCUCAGCAGAUGGAAGGGCUGAACACGAACGACUUGCCCGGUAUUGAGGCUCUCGCUACGCCAGGUACCAGGUCAGGUCAACAGAAGCUGGUGAAGAAUGGCAGCGUCGUCGAAGCACAUCAGUGGGAUUCUCUAGCUGGGCAAUGGCAAAAGAUUGGCGACGUCGUCGGCGCUGUCGGAAACAAUAAGCGCCAACUAUAUAAUGGCAAGGAGUACGACUACGUUUUCGACGUCGCCAUCCAGGAUAGCGCGCCGUCUCUGAAGCUUCCUUACAACGCCAACGAGAAUCCGUACACCGCCGCUCAGCGCUUCCUCGCCGCCAAUGACCUACCGAUGCACCACCUCGACGAGGUUGCGCAGUUCAUACAGCAAAACGCUUCAGGCGUCACGCUGGGAGCAAGCAGCGAAUACGUAGAUCCCUUUACGGGCGCAACGAGCUAUCGAGCUGGCGGUGGAUCUAGCUCGGCGGCAGCGCCUUCAGGCAACUACGUCGACCCCUUCACUGGCUCAAGUCGGUAUACAGGAGCACCUGCACCGUCAGCUGAGGGCGCUUCGACAUACCAAGACCCCUUCACGGGGGCGUCAAGGUAUCAGUCGAACCCACCGCCAGCACCAGCGAAGCCGAAGAUUAUACCAGCUCCCGCCGCGGUGACUUUCAAGCAGGCAAAUGUAGCAGCCAUGCAGGGAAAGCUCAAUCAGUUCAACGAGGCUCUGACGAACGAGAUUUCCACCUCCUCGCUAGCAAUGUAUCCGGAAGAACUCGCCGCCAUAGACGACGCCUUCGCUGUCCUCUCACAACCGACACCUGAAGGAAAACUGCUCGGGGACGCCCAAGCCGAGGCGGUGAUCUCGAUACUCGAGCGUUGGCCUACAGCCCAGCUCUUCCCCGUUAUCGACCUCACGCGGUUACUCGCUGGUCACGCCCUGCACAUAUUCCAUUCCUCUGCGCAGAAGGAGCGUCUAUUCGCCGCGUUGUUCAAAGCCGCGGAGUGGGGCGCUUCGUGGAAUCCGCCGAUUCCGAAGGCGCGGGAGACGAACGUAUUGCUCGUACUAAGGACGGCGGCGAAUGUGUUGCAAGAGGGGACGUCGUUAGGAGCAGAACCGUGGUUGGUGAAGCUACUUGAGGGACUGUCGGCCGUGCCCUAUGCGUCUUUGAACAAGAACCAGCGGGUCGUGUUCGCCACCGUCUUAUUCAACGCGUCUUGUGUGGCAUUGAAGGUUCCCAUCGACCCUGCUAUCUGCGGCCAGGUCGUUACGCUCAUCCUCCAGCUACUGCAAACGGAGACCGUUGACUCGGAGGCGAGCUACAGAGCCCUGGUAGCGCUGGGUAAUCUGGCCCAUGCGCGCAAGGCGCAAAUUGAUCCAUCUUUGCGUGGGUCCGCUGUCGAGCUUCUCAGUGGUUUGCCUCGCAUCUUCAAUGAGGAUCGUGUACGGAAUGGGGCAGCAGAGGUCGCAUCGCUCUUGAAGUGAUCAGAGCAUGUUGAAGGAAGAGAAGCGAUACUUAGACGUGGGCAUUCACCGCAAUGGCACUGACGGAUCAUCCUCAUAAGUGUUCUGGAUCUUGUGUAUGUAGAAUAGGUGUAUACAUGACCUACUGGAAAACGCAUUGGAAUAUGAACAGAUGAAUUGUUCACAAA